CCCCAAAACAUCCGUGUUGAAGUCAAAGCCACCAUUUUGCUCUCUUUCUAUCUUGUUCUUUUCCUUCCUCUUCACUUAUUCUCCUUAUUAGAACAACCUACCCUCCUGUUUUCAGCUCUUAUCCUCUACCCCGAAGCUCAAAAUGGUUCAAACAAUAAAAACCCACACCAAAUAUCUUGCUUUUUGUAAUGCUUUUUGCUUGUUUUUGAUCCUCAACAUAUAAAGUAUCUGUCUUUUCGUUUCCCUCCAUCUUGGGUUUUGUUGGUUGUUGCUUUUUGCUUCUAUGGGUACUCAAGAUUGUUGGGUUAUGGUUGUUAUCCUUGUGUUCUUCUUCCAAGCUCAGUUACUCAACUCACAAAUCCUGACAUGCAAUCCAAAGGACUUGACUGCACUCCAGGGUUUCAUGGGCAAUUUGACAACAAAACUUGAAGGUUGGACGACAAAUUCAUCAACUGAUUGUUGUGACUGGGAAGGCAUAACCUGUGAUCCUCCAUCUUCUGGUAGAGUAAUCAAGCUGGAACUUUCCAAGAAAAAAUUAUCAGGCAUAUUAUCUGAUUCUUUAGCUGGUUUGGAUCGGCUUAAAACUCUCAAUCUUUCCCACAAUUUCCUUAAAAACUCACUGCCAGUAUCUUUGUUUCAUAUGCCCAAGUUAGAGAUUCUUGACUUGAGCUAUAAUGACUUCUCUGGACCAAUCCCAGAAAGCAUCAAUCUUCCUUCAAUUCGAAAUCUUGAAAUUUCGUUCAAUUACUUGAGUGGCUCUCUUCCUUCCCAUGUUUGCGUUAAUUCUACUCAAAUUCAGUUCCUUAGUUUGGCAGUGAACUAUUUCUCUGGUAAUAUUUUACCAGGGCUUGGAACUUGUUCUUCCUUGGACAAACUUUGUCUUGGCAUGAAUGAUCUCACCGGUGGGAUACCUGAAGACAUCUUUCAGCUUCAAAAUUUGACCCUUUUGGGGCUUCAAGAUAACAACUUCUACGGAGAGCUUAGUCCUGGUAUUGCUAAUCUCUCUAAACUUGUUCGUUUAGAUAUUUCUUCAAAUAAUUUUUCUGGAGAGAUCCCGGAUGUCUUCAAUCAGCUACAGAAUUUUCAGUAUCUUAUAGCUCAUUCAAAUAAAUUUAGCGGUAAAAUUCCCAGUUCAUUGUCCAAUUCUCCAAUCAUUAAUUUGCUAAAUUUGAGGAAUAAUUCUUUGGAGGGUUCUAUAGAUCUUAAUUGCUCAGCUAUGGUUGCUUUGAACUCCCUGGAUUUGGCUACGAAUAAGUUUAAUGGGCCUGUGCCUGAUAAUCUUCCCUUAUGUAGACAAUUGCAAAAUAUUAAUCUUGCCCGGAAUAAUUUCAAUGGCCAAAUCCCUGAGAGCUUCAAAGAAUUUCAUAGCCUUUCGUAUCUUUCCCUAUCGAAUUCGAGCCUCCAUAAUAUUUCCUCUGCUCUGCAAAUUCUGCAGCAAUGUAGGAAUCUAACCACUUUAGUCCUCACCUUGAAUUUUCCUGGUGAAACAUUACCUGAUGAUCCUAAUCUGCAUUUUGAGAAGCUGAAGGUUCUGGUUAUUGCAAACUGCAGACUUAAAGGUUCAAUUCCCCAGUGGUUGAGAAACAUUACUGCUUUGCAGUUGUUGGAUUUAUCAUGGAACCAUUUGGCUGGAACAAUUCCACCAUGGUUUGGAAGCUAUAGGGAUCUCUUUUACUUGGACUUAUCGAACAAUUCGUUUACAGGAGAGAUCCCAAAAAGUUUAACUGAAUUACCAAGCCUCAUUGAUGGAAAUAUCUCGCUGCAGGAGCCUUCACCAGACUUUCCUUUCUUCAUGAAAAGGAAUGAAAGUGCGGGAGGAUUGCAGUAUAAUCAAAUUUGGAGUUUUCCACCAACACUUGAACUUGGUCACAACUUUCUUAGUGGACCAAUCUGGCCAGAGUUCGGGAAUCUGAAAAAAGUUCAUGUGUUUGAUUUGAAGUUCAAUAAUUUAUCCGGACUGAUUCCGGGGAAUUUGUCUGGGAUGAGCAGCUUGGAGAUUCUGGAUCUAUCGCAUAAUGACUUAUCAGGGACCAUACCACCCUCACUGGAAAGGCUCAGUUUUCUGUCUACAUUUAGUGUUGCCUACAAUCAGCUUUCUGGGAGGAUCCCUUCUGGAGGUCAGUUUCAGACAUUUCCAAAUUCAAGCUUCGAAGGAAACAAUCUUUGUGGUGAUCAUUGGUCCCGGUGUCAAGAUACUACUAGUGAAGAUGGUCAUGAAUCCCCAAAAAGCUCAAGAAGAAAGAAGGAUAUCAUCAUUGGAAUGGUUGUUGGAAUCAUACUUGGGACAGCUUUGCUGCUUGGCCUUAUGUUUGUGAUUGUGUUGCGUGCGCAUAACCGGGGUGAGGUUGAUCCUGAGAAAGAGGAGCCUGAUUCCAAUGAUAAAGAUUUGGAAGAACUCAGUUCAAGGCUAGUGGUCCUCUUCCAAAAUAGGGAAACCUACAAAGAGCUCUGCAUUGAUGACCUUUUGAAGUCAACCAACAAUUUUGACCAAGCAAAUAUCAUUGGUUGUGGGGGUUUUGGUUUGGUUUACAGAGGCACCCUCCCUGAUGGUCGUAAGGUCGCUAUUAAACGGCUCUCUGGUGACUGUGGUCAGAUGGAUAGAGAAUUCCGUGCUGAAGUUGAAGCACUUUCAAGAGCACAGCAUCCAAAUCUUGUCCAUCUGAAAGGUUAUUGCAUGCAUAAAAGUGACAGACUCUUAAUAUAUUCUUACAUGGAAAAUGGUAGUUUGGACUAUUGGUUGCAUGAGAAGGUUGAUGGACCAUCCUCGCUAGAUUGGGAAACAAGGCUGCAAAUCGCACAGGGGGCGGCUAGGGGUCUAGCUUAUUUGCACCAAUCAUGUGAGCCUCAUAUUCUCCACAGAGAUAUAAAGUCAAGUAACAUUCUUUUAGAUGAGAAUUUUAAAGCCCACUUAGCCGAUUUUGGUCUUGCAAGGCUCAUACUUCCCUAUGAUACCCAUGUAACUACUGAUCUGGUAGGGACAUUAGGGUACAUACCUCCUGAGUACGGGCAAGCUUCUGUUGCAACCUAUAAAGGUGAUGUGUACAGUUUAGGAGUUGUGCUUUUGGAGCUUCUGACUGGGAAAAGGCCCAUGGAUAUGUGCAAGCCAAAAGGAUCCCGGGAUUUGAUCUCUUGGGUGAUUCGCAUGAAGAUCGAAAAUAAGGAGAGCGAGGUUUUUGAUCCAUUUAUCUAUGGCAAGCAGCAUGAUAAGGAAAUGUUGCGGGUUCUUGAAAUUGCAUGCCUUUGUUUAAGUGAAAUCCCUAAGGUUAGGCCUACAACUCAGCAACUAGUCUCUUGGCUUGACAAAGUUGACAUCAGCAUCUAGCUGGGUAAUGCAACUAUGGCAAACUCUGGUUGUACAGCUAGAAAUAUUUCUCUUAGACCCAUUGUUGCAGAAGCUCCAACACAAGUAGAAGAAAUUGGUAGCUUUUCAUAGUAAUGUCAUCCUGUUGUAAAUAUUACUCCACGUACGUGGCCUAUCAGAUUUUGCUGCUCUCCAACUUGGAUGACAGGGAGGGAUCUAACAAAAGCAACAAGCAAUUUUAUCUCAAACUUUGAACUUAAAUGAAUUGGUUUGGACAAGCUUUUCUCUCUGACUGGCUUUGUUGGUUCGGUGCAAUGAGGAUUUUCUAUUUCUGACCAAAUCAAAACCCUGAUAAUGUCUUGAGUGGAUUAAGAGAGAGAGAGAAGGGGGGCUUGUAAGGAGACAAAGAAGAAUCCAUGUUUUAGAAGGCAUGCUUAUUGCUGGCUCAAUUGCUUCAUUAUAGUAGUUAGUAACUAGCGGUAUGUUAAUCGCAGUAUGCAAAGCACCAUCGUAUUGCUCCUGUUUCCAAUCAUGUCAUGUGUCCAGGUUCUUGCUACAUUUGCAUUGGAUUAUGGAUUAGGGUGUUCUAUCUCCAAAAUAGGAACUGGACGACGAGAAACUUAACUGUGUUGAAUAAAUACUGGAUUCUCGUUGUCAAAGAUAUAUCGUUUCCAGGUUUUUGCUAUUCUGCAACUGGUUGGAUAGUGCAAGAGCAAAUUGGGUGAACGACAUGAUUUUACUAUGUCGAGAUAAACGGUCAUAUACUCCAGCCUUGGCGCCCGUGUGCUGUGCUCUUCUGAGAAAUUGUUUUUGACAGCUGAAUCUUACAGGAAUACAAUGUGAAAUAUGAUUAGAAUGCUCUGUUUAGAGAUACUUUAAGCUUGUUCCUGUGGUUUUGUAGGUUUAUAUAGGUAAGAAAAACUUUGCAAUCUCUCUGGGCAGUUGGAGUAAGUGAGAAGUUGUGGGUUCUAAUGGUGUUGGUUGCAGACAAUGAAAUACUAUCAAACUAAAACCACUAAUUGUAAAAAAGGAUCAAACCAUUUGACCUUUAUAAACACCAAAUUCUUGGUCCACAGAGCGGAACAGAAGAACUUUCUUUGUCCACUACGUUUGUGGAAAGACAAAUUUUUUUAGUAAAUUUUAUAGCAGACUAAUGGCCAACUGGUUCCUAUUUUAUGUCCUUUGCAGGAUUGACCAGCUGUCUGGUUUUAACUGAAAAUUGUGUACUAAAUUAGCAAGGGGUGGCGGGUCAACUCAGGCAGCGGCCAUGCCUUGCCAUCAUAUGGUUGGUUUUUCAUUUGGGGGGAACUCUUCAACUGUGUCUCAUUUUGUAUCUGAAUUCUUUUCACAGUUUAGUGCAAGCAAAGUCAAAAAUUGAACAAAAAACUGAUGCAGAAUAUGAGGAAAGCAGAUGUGGGUGGAUUAAUCUAGACAUGACUUUUGAAUUCAGAAUUUUCAUAUUCUUCUGUCAAGUUUCAUAACUAUGGAAAAAAGGGGCAUAUCUGCAUGUAAGAUAUGACCAACUAUAAGUUAUUGUUUUUAUCUUUUUUACUUUAAUUUUUUUCCUCCCCUGGGAUGCCUAAGAAGAAAAAUGAAGUUCCCAUGUCCAC